GCUUCACGGGCAUGCUUGGCCAGAUGACCUCAGUUAUGGACAACAUCGCUGCCCUGGGUGAGCUUACGCGGGUGGGUCACGCGCUCUCGCAGGCUCAGCAGCCCCACCCUCAGGGUGGUGGCUCGACGCCCCCAGCCUCGGGCACGACGGCAGUACCGGGUGCGGCUGAGCCCGCAAGGGACCUGGUCAAGGCGCUGACUGAGGUCCUGCAGACCAACGCCCCAGGGGACACCAGGCUCCAGCAGACGGUGGAGCGCUUGCACAGCCUCGUUGGGACAGGUACUCCAGUUCCAGGAUCAGGCUCGCAAGCAGCGCCUGGUGCAAACUCCCUGGAGCCCAACCCUGUGAUCCAGCAGAUGCGGGCCAGCAUCACCAGCAUCCAGGAGGGACCUGUUGAUGGCACCCCGCUGUUCAGCCCCAUGAUCAAUGCUGCCACCCACAGCUCCGCACUGGAGCGGCUUGGGAUCAGCGCCACGCGCGCUAACAUGGCCCAGCUGGCCCAGGAGAUCACGAUGAGCGAGGGCGCAUCCCUUCCUUUCGCGGAGUGGUGGACCCAGGUUUCGAGGUGUAAGUCUGUGGGACAAUGGGGUACCAAGCUUCAGGCCUUUGGCCUGCCGCAAGCUGAGCUCGCCAACAUCAGCAGUUUCAAUAAGGUGGGUCAGAUGCUCUUCGCCCGCCUGCUGAAGAGUGGUGCGUGGGCUCAGACUGACCAGCAGUAUACCCUCCUUCAAUGA